UUAAAAUUGGCGAGCCAAAAAAAAAAGAAAAAGGAAAAAGCGAUAUCCAUAGAGAGAGAGAGAGAGAGAGAAAGGAGCUCUGAAUUUACAGUGACGACAUUAAUGGCGGAUGUAACAAGGCGGAGGAGAAGAGGCGUUUUCGGAGUAUCGAUAUGCGGCGCCGCCGAGGAAAUGGAGCAACUGUCGAUCGACGGCAGCCAAUUCAGCCUCACCACCGGAAUCCUCCCCUCUCUCGGUGCUCCGAGCGGCCGCCGCCUCCAGCUCCGCCGCUUCAUCGUCUCCCCCUACGACCGCCGCUACAGGAUAUGGGAAGCCUUUCUGGUUAUUCUGGUAAUCUACACUGCUUGGGCAUCUCCUUUUGAGUUCGGUUUUCUCAGAAAACCAGGAGGCCCACUGUCCAUUCUUGACAACAUUGUGAAUGGAUUCUUUGCAAUAGACAUCGUUCUCACCUUCUUUGUAGCCUACCUGGAUAGGGCCACAUACCUUCUUGUUGAUGACCGAAAACGGAUUGCUUGGAAGUACGCGAGCACUUGGUUAGCAUUUGAUGUCAUAUCCACAAUCCCUUCGGAGGUUGCCAGGAAAAUCAUGCCGAAACCUCUAUCAUAUGGCUUGUUCAAUAUGCUUCGCCUCUGGCGUCUUCGCAGGGUGGGUGCUUGGUUCGCCAGAUUGGAGAAAGAUAGACAUGUCAACUAUUUUUGGGUUCGUUGUGCAAAGCUUAUUUGUGUCACUCUAUUUGCUGUGCAUUGUGCUGGGUGUUUCUUUUAUCUUCUGGCUGCUGAUUAUCGCGACCCAAAAACGACAUGGAUAGGGGCAUCUAUGGAAGAUUUCCAUCACAAGAGUCUAUGGGUUCGCUACGUAACUUCCGUAUAUUGGUCAAUCACAACCCUCACAUCUGUUGGGUAUGGUGAUCUGCACGCUGUUAAUACCCGGGAGAUGAUUUUUGACAUUGCCUACAUGCUUUUCAACUUGGGACUCACUUCUUACUUGAUAGGGAACAUGACUAAUUUGGUUGUCCAUGGUACCAGCAAGACAAGACGAUUUAGAGACACGAUUCAAGCAGCCACAAGUUUUGCCCAAAGAAAUCAUUUGCCGGUUCGUCUUCAAGAACAGAUGCUUGCACAUUUGUGUUUGAAGUUCAGAACGGACUCCGAGGGGAUCCAGCAGCAAGAGACUCUUGAUUCCCUUCCUAAGGCCAUCAGGUCAAGCAUAUCACAUUUCCUCUUCUAUUCCAUGGUUGACAAGGCAUAUCUUUUCCGGGGAGUGUCAAACGACCUAGUCUUCCAACUGGUGUCGGAGAUGAAACCGGAGUUCUUUCCUCCCAAGGAGGAUGUCAUUCUGCAAAAUGAAGCUCCAACUGACUUCUAUAUUCUUGUGACUGGAGCUGUGGAUCUAUUGGUUCUAAAAAACGGAACUGAACAGGUGGUGGGGGAGGCAAAAGCGGGCGAUCUGUGCGGUGAGAUUGGGGUUCUGUGUUACAGGCCCCAGACAUUCACAGUACGGACCAAACGUUUGAGUCAGCUUCUACGGUUGAACCGAACCACGUUUCUGAACAUCAUUCAAGCCAACGUUGGUGAUGGAACCAUAAUCAUGAACAAUCUCCUUCAGCACUUGAAGGAGAUGAACGAUCCGAUAAUGGAAGGAAUUCUGAUAGAGACAGAAAACAUGUUAGCAAGGGGAAGAAUGGAGCUGCCCCUCACCCUUUGCUUCGCGACCCUCAGAGGGGACGAUUUGCUGUUGAAUCACUUGUUGAAGAGGGGGUUAGACCCUAACGAAUCCGACAACAAUGGCAGAACUGCUCUCCAUAUAGCAGCAUCCAAAGGACAGGAAAGCUGUGUGGUUCUUCUUCUGGACUUUGGUGCAAAUCCCAACCUUAAAGAUUUUGGAGGGAGUGUACCAUUAUGGGAGGCCAUUUUGGGAAAACAUGAACCGGUCAUUAGGCUGCUGUUGGACAACGGUGCAAAAAUAUCUUCGGGGGAUGUAGGCCAAUAUGCAUGUCUAGCAGCAGAGCAGAACAACCUCGAACUCCUCAAAGAAAUCGACCGUUGCGGCGGGGACGUAACCCUCCCCCGAACCAACGGGCCCACCACGACGGCCCUCCACGUCGCCGUCUGCGAAGGCAACGUUGAGGUUGUCAGGUACCUCUUGGACCGCGGGGCCGACGCCCGGAAGCCGGACGAGUACGGGUGGACCCCACAAGACCUGGCGGAGCAACAAGGGCACGAGGAUAUCAUCGCGCUUUUCGAGUCCCGGGACGAAGCCGGGGACCGCCGUCCCGCCGCCGCAACCUCCCGAGACCGGCCGCAAGGGGCCCGCUUUCUCGGGAAGUUCAAAAGCGAGCCCACGAUGCUCCCGGCCUAUGCCGCCAAACAGGGGGACGGGUCGUCCCGGUGGCAGUCCCGCCCCAGGCGGCACCGGACAAACAGCUUCCACAACUCGCUGUUCGGCAUAAUGUCCGCCGCCCAGCAACAAAACAAUGACCAAACUACCCUUUUCCCCGUGAAGGAAACCGCAUCGGACGGAAAGCGUUAUGCCGCCAUGAGGGUGACGGUGAGCUGCCCUGAGAAAGGAGACGCCGCCGGAAAGGUUGUGUUACUGCCUGAGACCUUCCAAGAGCUUCUACAGAUUGGGGUCAAGAAGUAUGGUUUCUUGCCUUCAAAGAUUCUUAGCAAAUCAGGAGCAGAAAUAGAUGACAUUGUAUUGAUCAGAGAUGAUGAUCAUUUAGUUUUUGCAAGUGACAAUAUAACAUCAUCAUGUGUCAAAUAACCCUUAAACCCUAUUUCUGAGGGGGAUAUGGUCUACAAUCACACACAUAUUCUCCAAAUAAACCCUAUGUUUUGUGGAAUUUUAUGGGGUUUGUUUGUUGUUAAUAUUGUUGUGUCAAAUAACCAAACUAUAGUGUGAUUUGUUGAUAAGCCAAUGAAGAUUGGAUGUAUAG